CAGACAAAAUGAGUGACGCCUACGAACGUGAGCAGCAAAACAAUGCGCUUCUGAACUCCCUCUCAUCCAAGGUCUCCGCUCUCCGACAUGUGACGAUUGACAUUCAUGAUAAUGCGCGGGAUCAAGACUCUCUCGAUAACUCGAACGAUGUCUUUUCUUCUAUGUCAACGAACCUGAAGGGCAGCGCCUCCCGGCUGACAAGAAUGGCGAAACAAGGCGACACGGUGGCGGUGCUUAAGAUUGCGGGCAUGGUCAUUGGGGCCGGUGUCCUGCUCUACAUCAUCUUGGGCUGGAUCUUUUAGAUGGCCUUCGAACUGCACUUCACUGUGAUGUGACCCGCCGGCGACACUCCCUUUUCUACCUCCGUUAUUAAAUCUACGCCAUGGUCGAGGAUGCUCUUGCUGGUUCGAGAUGUGCUCCCGUCCUUUCAUUCGACAUCUCAAAUGCUGGAUCAUCCAGUCGCGCCCACGCAGC